CGCGAGCUAGGAGUUGCGGUGGGGAAACAAACUUUGCCCGGGAGAUGUCUCCAGCUCGUCCUUCCCCGGAGCCUGUCAGAAACAGUCUGAUAGAUGAUGCGAAGGCCCGCUUAAAAGAGCAUGAUGCCGGGACCAGAUAUUCUCAUUUGUCGUAUGACAAAUACUCUGUCCUUUUACCGUUGCUGGUGAAAGAAGGAAAACUCCAUUUGUUGUUCACCCUCCGGUCAGAGAAGCUACGCAGGUCUCCUGGAGAAGUUUGCUUUCCUGGAGGCAAGUGUGAACCCACAGAUGUGGAUGAUGUGGCCACGGCUGUCCGGGAAGCCCAGGAGGAAGUGGGGCUGUGCCCCCGUCAGGUGGAGGUCGUCUGCCGCCUGGUGCCGUAUCUGCUUGAGAGAGAUACGCUGAUAACCCCCGUUGUAGGAUUCAUAGACCACAAGUUCCAGGCCCAGCCCAAUCCCGAUGAGGUGAAGAAGGUGUUCCUGGUGCCUCUGGAAUAUUUCCUGCAUCCGCGGGUCUACCACCAGAGUCACAUGACAUUUUCUGGCCAUGAUGUUGUUGUUCACUGCUUUGAGUACAGACAUCCUGAAGAUGGCGUCACCUACCAGAUCAAGGGAAUAACGGCGAAACUUGCCCUGUUCGUUGCCUUAAUUAUUUUGGGGAAAAAACCCACCUUCGACGUUGAAUUUAAUCUCAGCGAUCUAAUGUCAUCCUCUGAAGAGAUCUUCCUGAAGCGGCAUAAACGUGCUACAAGCAAGUUAUGAUUUGUGAGACGAACAUCCAGAUAACUAAGAGGAUUUGGUGUGUGCUUAUCCACAAGGACAACAAUAACGCCAGCUGUCGGAAAUGGACGGGCGCGAGUAUCGUUCCCACAGUAUGAAGGUAAAAGAUACCUUGCCUUUUUCCCACUUGCCCUCUAUGACCCGAAAGAGCAAAACGUCUUUCAAAAGUGGAAAAAUGUGAG